UGCUGUUUACAUAGUAAUACACAACUCCUGAGCCAAAGUAAAACGAGAGAGAACUUGUUUGGAAGGAUGGUGUCAUUCCUUUUCCAGGCUGAAAAGCACAGGGGGAGGGUCUAAUAGCUGGAGAGGGGAAGAGAGAAACAGAAGUUACCAUUACAGUCAACUGUUACUCAGCCUGGACCAAGAGAAAAAGAAGAACAAAAGAAAGAGGGGAAGGGAACAAGGAGAAAAGGAGACACACACUGCAGUUGUAUUAACAGGAUAAAUACACAAAAUGGAGGACUCCAGCAGCAGCAAGCCAUUCAUGGUGACAUCCUCUCUGAACUUCAAAGUCACCACCCCGUCCUUCUACAACCAGCCAAAGAAGUUUGCCUCUGUGGCACCACCGCGGCCAAAAAGUAUAACGCCUCCCUCGGCUCCAUCACCGACACCAGUAGGCACAGCCGUGAUUGGCCGAGUGGGCGACCUGCCCCCACCGCCGCCUUCGCUCUGUGAUGACUUCCCACCCCCUCCUCCUCCUCCACUGGAUGAUGAUUUGCCAGCCCCUCCCCCCGAAUGCCAAACCACACCCUCCGCCUCUGACGCCCCCCCUCCCACCUUCCCUGCUCCACCUCCAGUUGCAGAUGACCUGCCCCUCCCAGCUCCCCCCGAGGACAGCGCCUGUCCGCCUCCCUGCCCGUCUCCCCCUCCUCCCCCACCCCCUCCACCUCUCCCUGCCUCCGGUACCAGUAUUCCCAGUGCUGCAGGAAACCCACAGAGGCUGGUGGAGAAGCAGACUAGCUUCGACCAACAGCUUGACUCUCUAACUGACUUGCUGUCUGAGAUGGAGACCAGGGGACCUUUCAACCCUAAGUUACCGAGCCAGUAUUCUUCAGCACCAGCACCCAAGCCUUCAGCUCCUCCCCCAACUGCUCCUAAACCAGCUCUCUCCUUCCUCCCACCCCCUGAGAUGGGAGACCGCCCGCCACCGGCGCCCUGGGCAGAAGAACUAAAAGCCAGAACGAACCGACAAGCCAAUCACAACGCUGCACCAAACUCUGCUGCUCAGCCGUUUAAUAAGGCCCCGGCUGUGGCCCCCAAGUCCGGUUUCGGAGGGAGACCAACAACAUCGUCGUCGUCUCUAGCACAAAAACUGAACCAGAACCUGAACCAGAACACCGCCCCAAUCGCUGUUGCACCAAAACCUUCUCCUCCCUCUGCCACCUUCCCUCCACCUCCCGCAGCUCCUCCUGCAGCUCCUCCUCCACCUAACAAUAUGGCGGCUGCCCCGGCCUCUAAUCACAUUAGGAGUUCUCCCUUUGCCAGUCAGAUGAAUGCAAACCAAAACCCUCCUGCUGCUGUGCCUCCUCCUCAAACCAAGAUGAUGACAUCUCCCCCCUCAUCUUUUAACCAACCAAUGAAAAGUCCCCCUUCAUCAACGCCCUCUCCCCCUGGCCCCAUUCCUAUCCCAGGUGGAGGCGUUCCUCUGAAUAUGAGGGAAGUGGAAGAGCUGGAGAGAAUGACCAAGGACUUCAUUAAAGACAUGGACACACACGCACCUGUCAUCACCUCCCCUCCUACAGAGGUCUGUGGGAAGUGUGGCGAGGCUCUGUCCCGCACUCAGCCAGCAGUGAGGGCCAUGGAUAAACUCUUCCACUCCAACUGCUUCUGUUGCAUGAGCUGUCAUCGCCCCCUGCAGGGCAUGCAGUUCUAUGACAGGGAUGGAGCACCUCAGUGUGAGGACUGCUAUAUGAACUCCCUGGCAGUGUGUUCCCGGUGUGGGGAGAGGAUCACAGACCGCGUGCUGAAGGCGGUGGGCCAGUGUUUCCACGCCCAGUGUUUCCGCUGCAGCACUUGUUCCUGCACACUCGAGGGGGCACCCUUCAUCACUGAUGACAACAACAACCCCUACUGUGUCCAGGAUUACCACAGGCGUUUCUCCCCUCUGUGUGUGAGCUGUAAUGAGCCCAUUAUUCCAGCCCCGGGCAGCGAGGAGACAGUCAGAGUGGUGGCUCUCGACAAGAACUUCCACCUCAAGUGUUACCGUUGCGAGGAUUGUGCUCGCCCUCUCUCCAUAGAAGCAGAUGAAAAUGGCUGCUAUCCCUUGGAUGGUAAGAUCCUGUGUAUGAAGUGCCACACCCAGCGAGCCAGGCAAGCUGCACAGUGAUCGGCCGGAGCAGCGCGACUCAGAUUAACUAUGAACCAAAAUCCAAAAGCACAGGAUUCAUUCAGCUGCCGUUUUGCCUUUGCAACAGGGCUUUAUUCAGUAUACGUGCGCAGGUGUGAGUAUGAAUGUGCUGUGUGAAAAAGGUAUGUUUGCAUGCAGACUCAGUGUAGUAUCCCCCUCGUCCUUGUUCACUUCGCUUCAGUGCAGAAGUAAUGUACUGCAUUGAAAUAAACUUCCUUCAUCUUUUAUUCCCGAUCCCGAACUCUCUGACCUCUCAUCCAGCCCUCCCUGUGUACUACAACUUAUUUUUUUGUGCCAACUCUAUGUUUACGCUAAAUUUCCAGCAGAACUUGCACAAGAACAGUUUGGUCAAAAGAGCAGUCUGAUGAAUAUAAAGUUGCCUUUCUUUGUCUCUUGCCUCAAUAUUGUAAGUAGCAACAUAUACUGAGAUAUUUCCAUCUUAAGACUUUCACUGUCUGGUCUCUUUCCCUAUGAGCAUUGUAACUACACUGAUGUUACUGAGACAGGUUGUUACCACAGGGUGAGGAGUACCACAAUCUCCCAUUUGACCACUCUGCAUAUUUCACCACUCCAGUUGGCUGUUGGUAGAGCAUAUCUUCAACGCUUUGGCAGUUGUUGUGCCUGCAAGCAUGGUUAAUUAUGCUUUCCUGCCUAGAAAGUGCUUUAUAUCAGCCGAUCUACUCUGACACAGCAUUUUAAAGUCAUCUAGGGCUACACGUUGACUGCAAAAAGAUAAAAACAGUGAAUGUUGCUCUUAGUUUUCUGUGAUUUGAAUUUGAUAAUUUACAUGCAUGCGUUGAAUAAUGUCUCGUCGCUCUCUCUUCUUCAACCAUACAGACUGUAUAAGAGCGAGGUUAGAACAAAAAAAAAUCAGCUGUUUUCUUCUCAAACGUAGCUCAGAGCUGAUUUAACUGUGUAUUUUUAGAUGCAUGCUUUUGGGAUGCACAAAUUACGAACAAACAGACGAGCACAGAUUCCAUUCUGGGGAUCUCAUCAUUAAAAAAAAAAAAAGAAAA